UCUGUGACGUCAUUUUCCGACAAUGAUGGCGGCGGCUGGAGCUUCAGCUUCAGAUAUCAGGCAGAGAAACCCUCUGUCUAGAGCUCCUUCGUCCGUCUAAACCAUUGUUGCCAGCGGCCUGCAGCACUUGAAAAAACACCUGAAGGGAUAAUGAGGAACGCCGGCGUCGGCUGUGUGAAAAUAUCGCAAUAUUUCCCCUGAAUAAUAUGUGUCUCGCGGAGCAGCCGUUAAUCUGAGGGUGAUUUUCAGCUCGCGAUGAUUCACUGGUAAUUUUCCAGUAGCGUGUGACUCUCCUCAGACGAAAAAAAAUAAAAAAACACACCGAAAUAUUCGUAAAAAUGAAAUUUACCGAGCACCUGUCUGCCCACAUCACCCCGGAGUGGAGGAAACAAUACAUUCAAUAUGAGGCUUUUAAAGAAAUGUUGUACUCCGCCCAGGAUCAGGCCCCAUCACUCGAAGUCACAGAUGAAGACACUGUCAAGAGAUACUAUGCCAAGUUUGAGGAGAAGUUCUUCCAAACAUGUGAGAAGGAGCUGGCCAAAAUCAACACAUUCUAUUCAGAGAAGCUUGCGGAAGCACAGCGGCGAUUUGCCACUCUGCAGAAUGAGCUGCAGUCGUCUCUGGACGCACAGCGGGAGAGCAGCCGAGCCACAGGUCUGCGCCGCCGUCGUACUGUCUUCCACCUGUCGCAGCAGGAGCGCUGCAAACAUCGCAAUAUCAAAGACCUGCAGCUGGCCUUCAGCGAGUUCUACCUCAGCCUCAUCCUGCUGCAGAACUACCAGAAUCUAAACUUCACAGGCUUUCGGAAGAUUUUAAAGAAACAUGACAAGAUCUUUGAGACAACACGAGGCGCUGAUUGGCGUGUGGCCCAUGUUGAAGUGGCUCCUUUUUACACCUGUAAGAAGAUCACUCAGCUCAUCUCUGAAACCGAGGGCCUUGUUACCACAGAGUUGGACGGAGGAGACCGACAGAAAGCCAUGAAGAGGCUCAGAGUGCCCCCAUUGGGAGCAGCACAGCCUGCACCAGCAUGGACCACUUUUAGAGUAGGACUCUACUGUGGUGUCUUCGUUGCUUUAACAGUCACAGUCAUCAUCACAGGUGUUGUUAAACUUGUUAAAGGAGAGGAGAAGAAUGUUUGGCCCCUGGUGAGAAUUUAUCGAGGUGGUUUCCUGCUCAUCGAGUUCCUUUUUUUAUUGGGAAUCAACACGUAUGGAUGGAGGCAGGCUGGAGUGAACCAUGUGUUAAUAUUCGAGCUCAACCCCCGCAACAACCUGUCCCACCAACAUCUUUUUGAGAUUGCUGGUUUCCUUGGAGUUCUUUGGUGCGUUAGUAUUCUGUCCUGCCUCUUCGCUAAUUACACAAUGAUACCUAUACAAGUGAACCCUCUAGCUCUCUAUGGAUUCUUCUUCUUUUUCCUUAUCAACCCUUUCAAAACGUGCUACUAUAAAUCUCGCUUCUGGCUACUCAAAUUACUGGUAAGAGCCAGGAGAAUCCUGAAUAACUGUGGUGAGUUCAGAGCUGUGCGGGACAUCUCAGUAGCACCUAUGAAUGCAGAUGACCAGACGCUACUGGAGCAGAUGAUGGACCAAGAGGAUGGAGUGAGGAACAGACAGGGAAAGAAGAACUGGAAGAGAACCUACAGCAUGCCUUUGAGAAGACCAUACCUCUCCUCUCAGUCAAAGGUCAGAGACACCAAAGUCCUGAUAGAGGACACCGAUGACGACACCUGACCCUUGCGUCUACAGUGGCUUGAGAAGUUGUUUUUUAUAGGACCAUAGAUCUCAGUGAGCCUCGACUCUUCAGAAGCUUUCCAAUCAAGCCAUCACAAAGCUGCCUGACUGCACACACACACAUUUCACACCGAGACCUCACUGACUCUCACACGCAACAGGAGUGGCCACUUCAGUUACUGUACUGUUUUUGAUUCCUUCGUUACUGCCUUGAUAAUUUUUGUGAAGAUCCAAACAAAAAAUGAAUUCAGUGGACGGUGUACAUAAUACGUAGUUCUCAAACCGCUUGACGGGACCCGCGCUUAUAUAAAUCAAGCACCUGACUUUGGACACGUCAUCGCAGCGUGAUCAAUCAAUCGGUUUGGAUACUUUGUCUUUAAAGACUUUUAUGAUGAGGGUUUAUUCAUGUAGCAGACACAUGGACUGGUUUACCCUCAUUCAUGAAAAUGGCAAUUUAUACUUGUACUUUUUUUUUUAAUGUACAUUUCAUUGUUAUUUAUGUGAAGGAGAGAUGCCUUGAACGUUGCUUUAAAGGAAAACUUUUAAAUAGAGCAAGGAUUUACCUUGAACCUUUACCCAGGACCUCUGCAUGCUUUUGACCAACCCUCAGGUGGCUCUGAAGGAAAAAAUACCAAUUUGAUUUAUAUUUAUUAAACGCUUUGCCAAUUGUUUAAAACACAAACCACCAACGUGAUUACCUGCUCUGAAAUGCCAAAUGGGAAUUUCUGCCUAUGUUUAUUUUAAAACACUGUUCCAUCAUGUGUCUUAAAGUCAAUCCAAGUUGAAGAGGUGCUGCUCUGUAGACUCGGAAAGAGAAGAAAGCCCUUUGCUUUAAAAGUGUCAGGCUCAUCUUAAGAGCAAGCCAAAUAUUAGAAACAUUCCUCAAGAACUUCUCCUGACCUGUUAUCUUACUUCCUACAUACGAUCACCCAGAAACCCCAUUUUGUUGUUUCUUAAAGCUUGUUAAACGCACACAGAUCUUACUCACCAAUCACAUUCCACUGAAGUAGCAUUCCAUAUUUGUGAUCUUCUCUUUAAUGUUCAGUCAGUGUCUUCCAGAGUUUGACCAUUUCUUAGACCACCUGAGGGUUUCAGAGGUUCCUGGGAGAAACGACACCUUCCUUUUCUUUUCAGCUGAAUCUUUGGCUGAUACACGAGAGCACAAAGUUUCUUUGUGAAUCAUUUGUUGCAUAAGUCAUCACAUUCAGUGUGAUUAAUUAUGUAAGGAUGGGUUUCUGAACGAUUAUGCCCAGGGAGUUCUCAUAUGAUGGUUUAUAAUCUAUUCCAAUCAAAGAUGUGUAUUUGUACAUCUGAAAGCCUAGCUGUCUGUGAACGAGAUCGACGUU